AUAAAGACAAACACAAAACAUAUCUUCGAUUAGAAAUACAUUUUCACGAACGAUCAAAAUCGACCAAACCGUCGCUGUGCACUUCAGAGCGCGAGCGCGGCGCACGCGGCACUCGGCGAUGCCUGUCGGACCGCGCGCGCUCUCCCGCUCAUCUCUUCUUCGCGCAGCUCCAACUCCAGCUGUUCGUCCAUCUACCUUCAGUCCGGGCGCGAGCGAUGUUCCCACCCCGAAAAAACUAAACAAAACAAACAAACAACAACAACAACAACACGGGGCGAUAAACGAGGAGGGACGCUGAAGGACAGGGAGAGGAGGACGGACAGGGGAUGAGAGAGAAGACCAGCCAAAGAGGAGAGCCGCUGUCGCAGAGGAACAGGAGGAGGAGGAGAGAGGGAAGCAGACACAUCUGCGGUGACUGGGGGGGUUCGGCUUAUUGAGAGGGGGGGCCGGGAUACGCGACAUUCUUACGAUGCCAGCAUCUUUAGCCCGGGUAAGCGGAAUAAAUAAUGUGCCGUGGGACUGCCGUACUGUCAGUUUCUUCGCAUUUUAGUAAUUUAUACAUUUUUUUAAAGCGCCUUUUUUAUAUAUAUAUAAAUAGACGCUUAAAAAACGGAUGCUCGGAAGCUUUUCGUAAUUCUCAGUAGAUAUCCUCCGUAGGGAGCUUUUGUCGCCGCUGGGAGCGGAGUGGAUUGACUGAAGGGGGAGAGGAGGACUGCUUUUAAAAAAGAGACACCUUCUCCUCCUUACAUAAAUGUUUGCGUGCCGUUAGAGCGCGCCUGCUUUUCCCCACAACAGACGCGCAUUCCACGCACACUGCCAGACGCGGACGUUGUCAGUCACACACGCCGUCCUGAAAACACGGACGGACCUCUCACCCACCCAGCCCCUCUCCUCACCCCACUGUCUGAUGACUCCCCCGCGCACAGGUGGACGUGGUACGGAGCCUACUGUAGCAUCAUCUUCUUCAACACCACCACCUCCAUCCUCCUCCUCCUCCUCAACACCACCAUGUCCUCGUCGUCGCGCAAGAUUUCAUCCGAGUCAUUUAGCAGCUCAGUGGGCUCGGACUGCGGGCUUGAAAGCCCCGGUGGAGACGGAGGCGACGGCGCUUUGGAGCCGGCCGACGAGAGCCGGGGUUGCCCGUUUUCCUCCUUCCCGUCGUCCCACAGAGCGCUGCUCUGGAACGGCCGCAGCCCCGCUGAGAGGACGGCGUGCCCGGCGGGCGAGGAGCAGCAGGGACCCUGUGUUCCCCACAAGAGGGCUACCAGGCGGCGGAGGGUGAACCUGGACUCGCUGGGGGAGAGCCUGAAGCGACUCACCUCACCGACGACACAGACUGUUCAGGAGGCUCUUCAACGAACUCUGCAGUUCUACCGACAACAAGAAAUCAGGUGCCAGGAUGUUGGAGGUAGUGAAAGGCAGCGUGAAAAGAAAGAGGAAAAGUGCCCAUUUCUUGAAAACUCUGGCUCAGAGGAAGAUGUCCUACAGAUUCUGCAGUACAUGGCCACGAUAUUGGGAGUUCCGUUCUGCGAACUGCGAGAGCAUUUCGGCGAGGAGUUCUUUGGCCUUUGCUUCGAAGAGAAUGAGCGAGUACUGCGGGCUGUAGGCGGCAACCUUCAGGAUUUCUUCAAUGGUUUUGACGCCAUUUUAGAACACAUUCGCACCUCCACAGGGCGCCGAGCCUCCUCCGAGAGCCCUUCCUUUCAGUGCAAGGAUCCCCGCGAAGAGGAGAAAGGUAGAGGGAAAUUGGAGAAACUUGGAAACCGUGGCAGCAGAGACGGAAGAGGGAAAGUGUUGUUUCUUCAUUGCUUUAACCCUGCACCUGUUGUGGGAUUAGUUAUGCCAGGUUUGAUUAGAGCGGUCGCCAGGCGGAUCUUUCAUUCAGAGAUUGAAGUGGAAGAGGUGCCACCUCUGACUCCUCUGUUGCCAAAUGAAGAUACAGAACAUACAGAUUGUGAUUCUACAACACCCACUCCCACUGCGUCCCCCACUGCCUCGCCCUCCUCAUCUCCGUCCCCUCCGUCUCUUUUUCCAACCUCCGUCCCCACAGUUUGUCUAUCCUUCUUACUUCAAGAAACUUGCCCUUCUCCUCUCUCUUCCAUACCAAAUUCAGCAUCUGUGAGCACUAACCGUCCCCCACUCCAGCUAUCAGCUAACCCCAGUGAUCUUCGCAUCUCCCUGGCUACGUUUUGCCGUGCCUUCCCGUUUCACCUGGUCCUGGGGCAUCGGAUGGAACUCCUGCAGCUCGGAGAAGGACUUAGGAAACAGGCUCGUAUUGAGCCCCACCGGAUCCUUUCAUUUAGGGACUGUUUUGAGAUUGUCUCACCCAAGAUGAAUCCCUCUUUCCAGGGCAUACUGCUGAGACUCGCAUCCCCAUUUACUAUCCGCACCAAGCCCGACCCCAUGCAGGCUGGCACCAAGGAGAAGGUUAUGGAGUUAAAAGGUCAGAUGAUCCAUGUCCCUGAGUCCUGCUCCUUGAUGUUUCUGGGCUCGCCGCGUGUUGAUAAGCUCGAGGAGCUUAUGGGCAGAGGUCUCCAUCUGUCAGACAUCCCCAUCCAUGAUGCCACACGAGACGUUAUCCUGGUAGGGGAGCAAGCCAAGGCCCAGGAUGGCCUAAAGAAGAGAAUGGACAAACUAAAGGCCACCUUAGAGAGGACACACCAGGCUCUGGAGGAAGAAAAACGAAGGACCGUGGAUCUCCUGUAUUCCAUAUUUCCGGGUGAUGUGGCGCAGAAGCUGUGGCAGGGCCAGCAUGUGCCAGCGCGUAAAUUUGAUGAUGUCACCAUGCUGUUCUCGGACAUUGUGGGUUUUACAGCCGUGUGUGCCCACUGCACACCUAUGCAGGUUAUCUCAAUGUUGAACGAGCUUUACACACGCUUCGACUACCAGUGUGGCAUUCUGGACGUUUACAAGAUUGAGACAAUAGGUGAUGCCUACUGUGUGGCCGGUGGACUUCAUAAGAAGGUCGAAAGCCAUGCAAAACCAAUUGCACUCAUGGCUCUAAAAAUGAUGGAGCUUUCUGAGGAAGUCCUAACGCCUGACGGGAAGCCUAUCAAGUUAAGAAUAGGUAUCCACACAGGUUCGGUUCUGGCAGGUGUGGUUGGGGUUAAAAUGCCACGAUAUUGCCUGUUUGGGAACAACGUAACUCUAGCCAGCAAGUUUGAAUCAGGAAGCCAUCCAAGGUGCAUCAAUGUUAGUCCAACAACCUACCAGUUGUUGAAAGAUGACCGCUCCUUUUCGUUCAUCCCUCGUUCUCGGCUGGAGCUCCCAGAGAAUUUUCCCAAAGAGAUCCCAGGGACGUGUUACUUCCUGGAGGCAGGGACUUCGCACAGCCACGCCUCACUUACCAGCUCUCGCUCGGCUCCUCCGGCCUCUAUGAGGAAGGUCUCCUACAGCAUCGGGACAAUGUUUCUAAGAGAAACCAGUUUGUAGAAUCAUACACAGAGAUGUUUAAAAUGUAAGCGACUGGAUUUGAAUCACGGGAACAUACAGGAAACCAGUCACGCAAAUCUGUGGUUAUGCAAAUGCACUAUGUAAAAAGUGGUAUUUACACCUGAUUGGUGAAAUAUGCUUUCAUCACAAAUGAAAGAGAACAAUGGUCCCCAUCUCUUCCCUGAGCAGUGGAGAUAUUCUUCAAGUGACUUAAGGGACAGCAGUUGCAGUAGUCCUUUCUAUCCUCCAAGAGGUGGACUGAUAUAAUCAAAUUGUGGAAAAACCUUUGGACAAAAACUCUGUUCUGGCUGGAUGUCUUGGCUGCAGACCUGGUGUCUGGCUCUUUGCAGCGGUUCACAUUCAGACAACACCCAGACGCUUGUCUGCAUUAAACAGAACUGAGUUAAAACUCACAGCGAUCACACUCAUGACCACUGUUGUCCUCAUUAGCCAUUUGCAAACAGAACAAAACCCCUUUUCAUUUAUAAGGUGGGUGCUGAAGAAUGAAUUUUGUUUGACUUGCUGUCCAUCAUGCUCUCAUGUGCGACAAAGAAAUGGAAAACGAUACAACUCUCCGUUUCCUUCAUGUUCAUCUGUCUGUUAGUCAUGUUAUGCUUUAGGAAACGUAAGAGCUGCUCCUCCAAACUGUUGACAGGCGGCCAGCUGGCUGGGAUUUGUCAAGGAGACAACAAGAGGAUUUGCUUUGAAAAGGUAAACGUUGGAAGACUAAUGUGAACUAGAGUCAAACUAAUCCAAACUUAUAGCCCUGAUUGUUUUGGAUCCUCAGCAAACUAUAGCAGACAAUGUUGUAAUAGUGGAGAUAACAGAAUGCGAAUAACAGAAAUGUAGAUGUCUCACAGCAACUACUCUUUGAUUUUUGUUUUUACCUGUGAUUAUUUGUUUUAGUGUAUUACAUACUUUUAAUAAGAUCAGUUGUCAGCAUUUACCAGCUUGUGCUUACUUGCAUUCAGCUAAUCAGCAUUUUUACCUACAUGUAGCAUUGUCCCAAAAGCUUUGCUUUUAGGAUGGACCUGCCCAGAUCGGUCUGCAUCUUGCUUAGGUGACAUCAAUGCAAACAGGUAUUUGUGUGCAGGUAUGUCCCUUUUCAUGCCUGCAGGAAUAACAGAUUGUUGUGUGUUUUAGUUAGUAGAGCUGACAGGAGGAAUCAGACACAGUUCACAGUUCCUCAGUCCAGAUAUGAAAGAACGUUGAAUCAAAGGUUUUACUGAACAUGCAGCCAAUUUACAGAUGUACUUUUUUUUUCCCAACUGCAUUGUUUAUAAAAACUAAUGAAAAAAUCCUGCAUUUGUUUUGCCCUGUGGAAAUUUAACCAAGAUACAGAAGCCCAAAAUGAUUCAUGCCCCUCACAGACUUAGACUUUUAAUUUUCAUGACCUCCAAGUCUUUCAAGUUGAAAGGUCACCUUGCCAUCGUUCUGCUCUUUAGCUCCCUUCAAUGAUUUUAUUUUUUCAUCAGAUUCAAAUCUGGACAAUAGCGGAUGUUAACACUAUGUGAAAUGUUAAAAAUGUUAACACUACUGUGAGUCAGAAAAAGAAGUUGUUGGUAAAAUUCAACGAUUACUUUGCACUUAAAUCUGUAGAGCUAUGAAUACAUUUUGGGAAAAACUGUAAAUGAAAUUCAAGUCAACUUGUUUGCUGGCAAACUGAGUUCAACUUGCUGAGUGAACAACUCGGGCUGUCCUACAUAGAUCCAAACAUAAUUAUUAAAGAUUGUCCAUCAUAAAGUGGGAAUAUUGGUUUUGGAUAGUUUGGCUUUGGAGUAUUUUACUGGAGACUUUACAGAUUUGUGUUGUAUGCUAAAUUGACAUUUAUUUAAUUGCUAUUUUUCACGACCUGUGAAAUUUAGCCCAGAUGUUACAAAUUGAAAAGUUGGUUGAAGGCUUUUUUAUUUGUAAUAAGACUUACUCAAGCAUUCCCAUCACAGCUGUUUUAAUACAUUACUUACUCAUAAUAAAUUCAGAAAUGACAGUGGUUGCAUAGGUUUCAAGAAGGCAUUCCUUUGUGCUUACUUACUUACUUCGUAUUUUAAAAUAAACUUUUAGGUUUUCUACUUCUAUAACCAUAAUCCUUCAUACAUUCUUUGAAAGAAAAAUAAACUUGCAAAAUUAUGUAGCAGGACUAAAAAAAAAACAUAAAAAACUAAAUGUGCCAGUUUCUUUCAAAGAUUCCACCAGCACAGAUUAGACAUGAUUUCUGUGUGUCAUUCUGGAAGAUCGUUAGCUAAUUGUAGGAGUAUGAAACACAUGCCAUAAGAAAAAUCACUUACUGUAUGUGGGAUGCAAAAAAAUACCAAUGUUAAUUUCACACGUAAUGUAAAGAAAAGUGACACCAGCUUAAAAAUGCAAUAUUUUUUGUUGGAAGAGAAGAAAUAAUGGAUGACAAAACCAUCUGCUUUUAACAUACCUGAGCGGUGAAUUAUGUCAUUGUCAGUGAUACAUACAUAACUUAAUAAAUAAAUAGAUAAAUACAGAUUUAUUAAAGAGAUGGUGCAAAAAAAAUGCAUAGUAUUGAUAAAACUAAACAGAGAAUAGAGUAAGUGGAAGUAGAUAAAAAAAUAUAUGGACUUGUUCAUUUUUUUCUAGUGUGAGAUGAAUUUUCCAGUUGGGUCAGAGUCACAGCAUCUCAUCAGUGGUUUUGCUGCAGCGGUCGGCUUAUUGCAUUCUAAUUCCUUUUCAUCAGAUGAGUUUGAAAAUACAGAUGUUAUCCAGGGAUCAACACAUUAACACAGAUUUGCGUAAGGAGGAUUUGGACUUUGAAGGGACACUGUUGUGCGUAAAUGUGAUCAUGCAGCCAUUUUUUGUAAAACAUGGUGAACUGGGGAAUUGUUAGCUUUAAAACUAAAGACUUUCCAUAGAUUACAUUUAGCGCUGACAACAUAUAUUUUCAUAUACUGCAUAAAAAUAUACGAUAUUUCUUUCUUCACUGUCUGGCAUAAAAUCAGACUAAACCUUUUCUGUAUUGCACCAGUUGCUGUUGCUAAAAUGACUACUAUUUAAUAAAUACAGUACAAGAAUAAUGGGAGAGAGAAGUAAAUCAAACUUUUUUAUGAAAGUUAGCAUGAACUAAAAUUGUUUCCAAAUUAACCAACUUGGAAAUCGUUGGUGAUAAUGGCAUGGCUUUCUGACAGAUAAUUUCAUAAACUUUUAAUUAAAUGAAGGCCACCUGCUGAUGUACUUAAAAACACUGCUUCCUUGUGCAACAUAGUGCGAGAAAUUGAAAGAAAUUGACCGCGGUAGGAGGAAGAGAGUGACGGACCCUGGGCUGGUUCCUUCUUGAGUGGACUUUUCAGAUUUCUAGAGGUGCCAUUUUUGUUAGCCCAAACAAUUAUAUCCAACUUCAAACACUAUAAGAUUGUCUAAACUCAAAAGCCUAAAAAACAUAGUCCACUCUGUGAAGUAUAGAUGACAUUAUGAUGUGUAAAUAUUAAAUCAAUGACUUUAAAUAAGUCGUUUAACCUCUUCCUAAAAAGAGCCUCUUUUUUGGAGACGUUUUGGAGAGUUCUCAAAAAACGACACCCCCAAAAUGAAUUCAAUAUAUCUCAGGAACUACAAGGUUUAUUUGACUGGUUCAGGUAUCAAAAUAAAGGUGAUAUUCCAGAAAACACUCUAGCUCUAAAAGUCAACAUUUGUAUUACUGAGAAAGAACAAAUACAUUUGGCACACAGUGAAAAAGUAAAAAUAAUCAAUUCUAAUGAAAUACAUUACGUAAUGUGGAUUUUCCUUAAAAUGAAGGAAUAGACAACGACUCUACUCACACAGCCAAAUGAAUUACUAAGUGGGUUGAGGACCAUCACAAACUCCUGAUCUCAGUGCCGUAAAACAUUCGUGGUGCAUUAGUGUCCAAGCAACUUGUCCUACAAAUCUGUCUCAGUUACUCCCAAAUGGGACAAAUUAAUCUGAGAGGCUUAUGAAAGGAGACCCAAAACCUUUUGACCUUUUACUAUGGAACGAUAUGUUAACUUGAAUUUGAGGAAAGCUGGAAUUAAAACUCAGAAAAUCUCUCCUAUCAUUCUGGUAAGUUAGUCAAUAGAGAUAAUCUUAGUAUUUUUAAAAUAGCUACAAAAUACAUAUUAUAUUUUUGAUUGAUCUUUUUCUAUCCACAGUAACUCCGAGACAUAUCAUCCAUCAUUCCUGUAUGUGCCAAAUGAUAAAAAACUAAUGGUUCGAGUUCAUAUUUGUCUACAUGAGCAGUCUUUGGACUAUAUGAAGCAGAAAAUACAUCUUGCUUUAAGUAAAUUCUACAAUAUUUAAAAUUGUUUUUUAUACCAAUUGUGUUAUCCAAACUUACUGUAAAAAGAUCUUCACAUAUCUAUUUUUAAAUUGCUUUGUACUAUGAAAUUACACUUAAGAAACUGACAUAUUGGAGGAAAAAAGGAGCACAGAUCAAAAACAAAACAAAACAAAAAUCUAGACAUUAGUAAUGCCAGUAUUUGCAAGAAGAAAAUUAGCUCAUAACUAGUGCCAUUGUUCAGUGAGAAAAUCUAAUCUUAAGCAGCGAGUAUUUGUGUCUAGUGUGCAUUACUUUUUCUUAAACAAGUCGCUGCUCAGCAUCAGAGCUGGUAGAUUGUUUUGUGUGAGGACAUUCGUCAAACUGAAAGAAAGUGAAAUGUUAUUAACAUGCUUCUGUUUGAUAGUGGCAAAGCAUAGAGCUGCUUUCGAACAACAACGCACGCUCGAGGUAAUAACAGAGAAGCAGCACCUGCAGCACCCACAUGAAGCAAUAAUGAUAGUAUGUCUGCAGGGAGACAAAUCAUAAGGGUGAAAUCUUAUGAGCAUAUGAGUUGAUGUUACAGGUUAGUAUUGCAUACAUGCAGUAUUAUAUGACAAAUGCAACUCUUGUAGCCUGUACGUACUAAAGGUGUUGUUUUCACUCAGCUUCAGAGCUUCGGCUGUUUCUGGGCUAAAUAAAGCGGAUUACGCCAGCAUCACACCCACACAACUUGUGUCCAAUUCUUCAGUUUCUUGUAUAAUAUCAGACAUUUAGGAAAUCUUGUGACUCUCGCUGUUCUGACAAAGAGGUUUUGCAGGUGCUGUUUCUCUGCAGAGCCAUGGAUUAUUGCACUGCAGUAAAUAUUCACACAAACCGUUACAGUCAAGUGCAGGAGGGCCUCAGCGUUCAGUGACGAAAAGCCAAAUCAAUAAGGAUUUUAUUUUACACCAUCAUUUUAGAAAGUCAAAUAACUUACUAUCCUGUUCACCCAAAAAAAACUAAAUAAAAAAUCCAUGAACCUGUUUCAGUUGUUUUACUUGCUUAGUUAGAUUAUUUAUGUCAGUGUUUGAACCAUCUACUAUAAAUUGACUGUCCCAAAUCACACAUAAGCAUUCUGCACUCUCAAGUGAUGUAUUUUCUUAUAACUAUGAUGAAUAAAAUAUUCUCUGUA